AUGGAUACCCGUGAGUUGCGCUUCUCGCGCGCCAUGAUCUUCGCAGUUGAGGAGAUAAACAACAGUUCAUAUCUUCUACCGGGUGUCACGCUUGGUUAUCAAUUGUACGACUCCUGCUCCUCGGUCCCUUUCGCUGUGAAAGUGGCCUUCCAGCUGGCUAACGGCCUGGACCCCAUGUUUGAUACCGGAGAACAGUGCUCGGGGUCGUCUACAGUAACAGCUAUCGUGGGCGAGUCUGCCUCCACGCCUACCAUCAGCAUGUUGCGCAUCACCGGCCCUUUAGGCAUUCCUCAGGUGAGCCACUCUUCCACCUGUGCUUGUCUGAGUGAUAAGAAACAGUAUCCAACCUUCUUCAGAACCAUCCCCAGUGACCAGUUCCAGGCUGCCGCUCUGGCCCACCUCGUCAGGCACUUCGGCUGGACCUGGAUUGGGGCGGUCCGUUCCGACUCUGACUACGGUAAUAACGGUAUGGCGGCUUUCCUACAGGCAGCACAAGAGGAAGGCAUCUGUGUGGAGUAUUCUGAAGCCUUCUACCGUACCAACCCACUCAGCAAAGUGCAACGGGUGGCCGACGUGAUCCGCAGCUCCACAGCCCGGGUGGUGGUUGCAUUUGUUGCCAUUGGGGACAUGAGGAUCCUGCUGAGGGAGUUGGAAAGCCUGCCCUCUCCGCCCCGCCAGUGGAUCGGGAGCGAGUCCUGGGUCACUGACCCAGAUAUGCUGCGCUUCGGCCUGUGUGCCGGUGCCAUCGGAAUUGGCAUCCAACGCUCUGUCAUCCCCGGCCUCAGGAACUUCCUCCUGGACCUCUCCCCACAGAAGGUGUCCAACUCUCCCAUUCUCACUGAGUUCUGGGAGGGAGGCUUUGGCUGUAGGCUGGAUCCAUCCGUCUGUCCGUCUGUCCGUCUUUCUAAGGUGUGUGAUGGCAGUGAGGAUAUACAGCAGCUACAGACCCCCUACACAGAUACAUCUCAGCUGCGUAUCACUAACAUGGUGUAUAAAGCUGUUUACGCCAUAGCACACGCCAUCCACAGCAUUGUUUGUGAAAAUAGAGAAAACUCCACUGUGAACUGUGACAAAAACCUUAAUGUGAAGUCAACACAGGUCCUGGAAAGAUUGAAAAGGGUGAACUUCUCUCGUAAUGGGUACCAGGUGUCUUUCGAUGCCAACGGGGACCCAGUGGCCACCUAUGAGCUGGUCAACUGGCAGAUACGGGAGAGUGGGAAGAUGGAGUAUGUGACAGUGGGGCGCUAUGAUGCGUCCCUGCCUCCUGAUCAGAGGCUUGACAUCGAGAGUGAAAUCACCUGGUUAAAGAACAGUACACAAGUACCUGUGUCAGUGUGCAGUGAGAGCUGUCCCCCAGGCACUCGUAAGGCUGUACAGAAAGGAAAGCCUGUAUGCUGUUAUGACUGUAUCCAAUGUGCAGAGGGAGAGAUCAGUAAUAACACAGAUUCUUCAGACUGUAUGAUCUGUCCCGAGGAGUACUGGCCCAACGCUGAGAGAGACCGCUGUAUCCUUAAGCCUGUGGAGUUCCUGUCCUUCCACGAGGUCCUCGGAAUCAUCCUGACCGCCUGCUCUGUGGGCGGGGCUUGUCUGGCCAUCGCCACGGCAACCGUCUUCUACCGCCACCGAACUUCGGCCAUCGUCAGGGCAAACAACUCUGAGCUGAGCUUCCUGCUUCUCUUCUCCUUGGCUCUGUGUUUUCUGUGUUCUCUUACUUUCAUUGGCCGGCCCUCUGAAUGGUCCUGUAUGCUGCGCCACACAGCGUUUGGGAUCACCUUCGUCCUCUGCAUCUCUUGUGUUCUGGGGAAAACAAUAGUGGUGUUGAUGGCCUUCAGGGCUACGCUUCCAGGCAGUAAUGUCAUGAAAUGGUUUGGUCCUCCACAGCAGAGAAUGACUGUAGUGUCCUUCACGUUUGUCCAGGCUUUGAUAUGCACUCUGUGGUUGGUCCUGUCCCCUCCCUUCCCCAUUAAAAACCUUACUACCUACAAGGAAAAGAUCAUUCUAGAGUGUAAUGUGGGUUCAGCUAUUGGUUUCUGGUCUGUGUUGGGCUAUAUAGGACUGCUGGCUCUCUUGUGCUUUGCGCUGGCUUUUCUGGCUAGGAAGCUGCCUGAUAACUUCAAUGAGGCCGAAUUCAUCACCUUCAGCAUGCUCAUAUUCUGUGCAGUCUGGAUCACCUUUAUCCCAGCUUAUGUCAGCUCUCCUGGGAAGUUCACUGUAGCUGUGGAGAUAUUUGCCAUCAUCACCUCUAGCUUUGGGUUGUUCUUUCUAUUAUUUGUUCCUAAAUGCUUUAUUAUUCUGUUCAGGCCGGAGAAGAACACCAAGAAACACCUUAUGGAGAAGACAUCCAAUGAUAUACGUUAUUAAGAAAUGAUUGAGGGGAAAACAUUGUAACGUUCAGUUAUAUGGUUUAUUAUACAGUUCAGUAGGACUACUCUGACAGAGAUGACCAACAAUUUAGCAGCUAAUCAUUGGUAACAUUGUAACUAGUAACAUGACACAGGUUCACUUUAGAUAUUCCAAUGUAAUGAGAGAUUGUUCAAAUCUAGAGUGUUAAAAUCUAAUUUGACCUGCUAAAUUAUGUGAUUAGCAGUAGCCUACAGAGUGGAACCACUUCUAUGUUGUUUGGAGAAAAGCUUUAUUCCUAUAUGAAUUGAUAUAACACUGAAGUGCAUGUGUUCAAUUGAUAUUGUAAUUAAUCAAAUUAUGUAUUAUAAUAAUAUAAUAAAC